ACCCUCAUGGAUUCUCAGGGUGGUCCAUACCUCAAUAAGAGGGCCCUCUGCUCACCUCUGGGUGCUGCCCGCCUCUGCCAGUUAGCUAUGGGCUGUGCUGUGAUUGCCAUGGUAACCCACAGUGCGGGGUACAGUGGCUCGCAGGGUGUGUUUUGUAUGGCGGCAUGGUGUUUCUGCUUUGCCAUGUCCGUUAUGGUGUUUUUCCUGGAUGCCACUCGUCUCUACAGCUGCCUGCCCGUGUCCUGGGACAACCUGACGGUCACAGGUGCUGCCUUUGCGGCACUCAUGUAUGUGACGGCCUCUGUGGUCUACCCUCUCUUCUUCGUCCGAUCUGAGUGCCCCUAUGCUGGAUGUGAUGUCCUACACUUCCGCAUCGCUGUGACCGUCUGCUCCAUCCUGGGCACUCUUGCCUACGGGGCGGAGGUUGCCUUAUGUCGAGCCAGGCCAGGCCAGACGGUUGUGGGAUACAUGGCCACCGUCUCUGGCCUCCUCAAAGUAGUUCAGGGUUUCGUGGCGUGCAUCAUCUUUGGAGCUCUAGCCAAUGGGAGCGAGUUUUACCGCUACGCCGGCACAGUCUACUGCGUGGUUGUCUAUGCUUUCUGUUUCGCCUUGACUGCACUGGUGAUCAUCAUGACCGUGUGUGGGCAGACCAAGGCUGUUCGCUGCAUGUCCUUUGAUCGCUUCGUGGUGGUGUGCACCCUGCUGCAGGUUCUGCUCUACCUGAGUGCAUCAGUAGUGUGGCCUGUUUUCUGCUUUGACACCAAAUAUGGCACGCCAUGGAGACCAUCAUCAUGCCCUCAGGGGAAAUGUCCAUGGGACAGCAAAAUUGUGGUGGCCGUGUUCUCUUUUGCCAACUUUGGACUGUAUGUGGCAGACCUGGUCUACUCCCAAAGGUUAAGAUUUGUAACAUCUCAUAUGCCCACGAUCUCUCGAGCAUAGAACCAUGAGGGAGCAUAUUCUCCCCAACUGGCUUUACAGGUUUAAGUUAUUUGCUUAAUCUUAGUUUUUAUAUUUACAUGAUGUUUAACGAUGGAUUAUAUUGAGGGGGAUAGAUAGGUUGAGUCACAGAUACAAGGCCCUGGACAUUCAUGUUGCUGCUCAUGGUUUUCUGCUGAGGCAUCCAGACUUCCCAAAUUCACUUUGGAAUGUGAACAAGGAAUUUCCCCUCUGCCACACCCCACUGAGGUGACACUUUA